AUGUCCGAGACCGCUCCCGCCGCCGCUCCCGAUGCGCCCGCGCCCGCCGCCAAGGCCGCCGGCAAGAAGCCGAAGAAGGCGGCGGGCGGCUCCAGGGCGCGCAGGCCCGCGGGCCCCAGCGUCACCGAGCUGAUCACCAAGGCCGUGGCCGCCUCCAAGGAGCGCAAGGGGCUCUCCCUCGCCGCGCUCAAGAAGGCGCUGGCCGCCGGCGGCUACGACGUGGAGAAGAACAACAGCCGCAUCAAGCUGGGGCUCAAGAGCCUCGUCGGCAAGGGCACCCUGGUGCAGACCAAGGGCACCGGCGCCUCCGGCUCCUUCCGCCUCAGCAAGAAGCCCGGCGAGGUGAAGGAGAAGGCGCCCAAGAAGCGGGCGGCCGCGGCCAAGCCCAAGAAGCCGGCGGCCAAGAAGCCCGCCGGCGCCGCCAAGAAGCCCAAGAAGCCGGCAGUGAAGAAGAGCCCCAAGAAAGCCAAGAAGCCGGCGGCUGCUGCCACCAAGAAGGCUGCCAAGAGCCCCAAGAAGGCCGCCAAGGCUGGCCGCCCUAAGAAGGCAGCAAAGAGCCCGGCCAAGGCGAAGGCGGUGAAGCCCAAAGCUGCCAAGCCCAAGGCAGCCAAGCCGAAAGCAGCCAAGGCGAAGAAGGCGGCGCCCAAGAAGAAGUAAAAUAUCCUAGAAGAGUCCUGCUGUACAUAUUUUGUUAUCCAACGGCUCUUUUAAGAGCCACCCACACUUUCCCUAAAGGAGCUGAGGCACCGAGGUCGUCAGUCACCUGCAGCAAGGAUCCAGAAAUUCGUAAGUCGUCAGAGGUCAAUUGUCUUUUUCCCCUGCGAUUUCUGAAGUGAACCCUAACAAGCAUGGUAUAGCGCGGCGGCUUUAGGGAAGUGUAGACUUUUGCAUCUUUUGCCAAGUAAUUGGUUUGACUGCCAUGACGAAAUGUUUUAUAAUGAUUUGAUAAAAAUCGGAUGUAACUUUUUUUAAGUAUAUAUUUUGUAACAAAAAUAAUGGAUUUGCCAGGCACGCUACUACUGAGCCAUGUCUAAUGUAUUGUAUUAUUUCUUAAGGUGCCUCCUUAAAUGCUUCUGUGUACUACGGGGGGAGGAGGGGAGGCUUUUCUUACCGACCCGAAAACAGCCCUGAGCUCUCCAAUUCCUUUUGUCCCCUUUGAGAAAGAAAAGCAGUUCUAGGUAUUGGAAAAGCCCGCCCUGACCAAGGAUUGGCCAGCGCCGAGCCCAGCCCGCUGCCCCCUUCCCCCUCCCCGCGCGCUUUCCCGGAGAAGAUCGCGGCUGGUGCGGCGGCUGCUGCCGCUCGUAAGGAAGGAAAACGCGGAAGGGGGACGGGAUGGAGGCGGGACCUGACACCGAAGUGGGUUGUUUUCACUUUCUCCGGUUUAAGAACUAAACGUAUUCUGCCUCGUCCCAGGAAGAACUUGUUUCGGGAGAACGUUAUGGCACGACUUUGUUAACGAAAACAUGGAAAGCGUUGCUACUAUGGCCCAAACAAAAAUACCGAUAAUAAACGUAUGAAAAAAAAAACCAGCACGGGUUGAGUAAUUCAUGCAACUGCGUAACUGUAUUACGGAUUACUGAGCUCUUUUAUGAUUUUGUGGGUGGCUCUGAAAAGAGCCUUUGGAUUAUCGUCUCCAGGCACGACAACGUGCAGCUUUUCUGUUGCGUUCACUUGGCCUUGGCCUUGUGGCUGUCGGUCUUCUUGGGCAGCAGCACGGCCUGGAUGUUGGGCAGCACCCCGCCCUGCGCGAUGGUGACCUUGCCCAGCAGCUUGUUGAGCUCCUCGUCGUUGCGGAUGGCCAGCUGCAGGUGGCGGGGGAUGAUGCGCGUCUUCUUGUUGUCGCGGGCCGCGUUGCCCGCCAGCUCCAGGAUCUCGGCCGUCAGGUACUCCAGCACGGCCGCCAGGUACACCGGGGCGCCGGCGCCCACCCGCUCCGCGUAGUUGCCCUUGCGCAGCAGCCGGUGCACGCGGCCCACGGGGAACUGCAGCCCGGCCCGCGACGAGCGCGACUUGGCCUUGGCCCGCGCCUUCCCGCCCUGCUUCCCGCGCCCAGACAUCGCUGCGAGCCGCUCCGCUCAGCAGCCAGCGGUAGAAGACAGUCCGCAGCCAGGGGCGCUCGGCUACACCCCCUCUAUGGCCCGGAGCCCCCGCGCUGAUAGGCUGGCACGUAGGGCUUCGCCGCGCAGCCAAUGAGGGACCGAAUCCAAAUCGGACCAAUAAAGGACGGCUGUAGAAGAGGGAUGACGCGACGCCGCAUACUGACCAAUGACAGAAGGCAGAAGGAAUGCUGCUCAUUUGCAUAGGGGAGCUAUAAAUAAAUGGCCCGCGGCCGCUUCCCCCUACGUUCGCUUUCCUGUUGUCAGCUGGGCGGAAGUUGGUCUCUGAGACGUUCCCGCCGCGAGCAAUGCCCGAGCCGGCCAAGUCUGCGCCCGCGCCCAAGAAGGGCUCCAAGAAAGCCGUCACCAAGACCCAGAAGAAGGGCGACAAGAAAAGAAAGAGAGCACGGAAGGAGAGCUACUCGAUCUACGUGUACAAGGUGCUGAAGCAGGUGCACCCCGACACGGGCAUCUCGUCCAAGGCCAUGGGCAUCAUGAACUCCUUCGUCAACGACAUCUUCGAGCGCAUCGCCGGCGAGGCGUCGCGCCUGGCGCACUACAACAAGCGCUCGACCAUCACCUCGCGGGAGAUCCAGACGGCCGUGCGGCUCCUGCUGCCCGGCGAGCUGGCCAAGCACGCCGUCUCCGAGGGCACCAAGGCGGUCACCAAGUACACCAGCUCCAAGUAAGCUGCCUCUGCAGCCCAUGCUAGACCUGCUCGACCCAAAGGCUCUUUUAAGAGCCACCCACCUUUUCAAUAAAAGGGCUGUAUAGUCAUAUAAGGAGGGGUGGGGGGGACGAUUCGAGAUGUUAUUUAGUGUGAUCGUGCUUUAUAGAGUCAUCUGAAGUUACAGUUAAAACUAAUUACAGUAAAAAAUUCCCAGCUAGUUUUGUGUACCAAGAAAUGAAAACUUCUUUAAAAAAAAGAAGUAUGUGCAAGUAAUGUCUUUAUUGUCAUGGAAAUAUUUUUUUUUUUCUGUAGGUGAAACUCUUAACCGUUUACUUUUUCACUUUUGUUUUAAAAAUUAUAUAUUUAUUGUAUAAUGCAUUCUGAUCAAUGUCCUGUUUCAGUUCCCCUACGGUUUUCAUGUAUCUGCUGCAAAUGUAAGGAAAACUUUUGUGUAGAUUAUUAGCUCUUGAGAGAGAAUUCAAUUUGCUUUAUUGUUAACGGAAGCUCUGUGUACGGUGUUGUAGCUGCUGUAACAACGUCUACUGCUCGAGGGUGCCUCAGUCCGUAUAUAUUUUCAGAAUUGAACUGAAGGAGGUGUCCACAGUGCACUGUAAUGUAAAAACUUAAAUAGUAACAAUUGCUUUCUUGAUAAGCUGUUAAUCACUGUUACUAGCUACCAGCCUCCACAUCUAAAAAAGCAUAUAAUGGUUAAUAAAACACAAGUUUUUUUCUAAAAGUUA